AUGCUGAACCAUUAUGCCAACGGAGAGCAGAUUGCGACAAACGAGCCAUGCCUCAACUGUACAUGUAAUAACAGUAUGCUGAUGUGUUAUUUGCGUGUUUGUCCUUUCGUGCGGCCUGUGGAUGAAGACUGUAUUGUAGAAAAGGAAGAGGGAGAGUGUUGUCCGAAGAUUACUUGUCCGGAGGGUUGCUACCUGAAUGGCCAGUACUAUCAAGAAGGUGCCCAACUUCCACCGACAGAAGACAGACCCUGCGAAGUUUGCUACUGCAUUUUGAAUAGUACAGCUUGCGUGAUGCAAGAAUGCGCUCUACAAGUAGAAGGUUGUUCCCCAGUUUACCAAAAGGGGGCGUGUUGUCCUUCUCGGUACAAUUGCACUAAAAACUCCGCGACGACAGCGCCACCACCAAUUAUGGAAGAAAAAGAAUCAGAGGGCUGUAUGGUAGAAAAUCAGUUUUUCCCUGACGGCGAACCAGUUGAAACAGACGAUCCCUGUGAACAUUGCUACUGCAUGGGCAACGAAGUUGUCUGUGCAAUACAAACGUGUAAGCCACCAGGGAGCGCUUGUAUACCAAUUCCAGAUCAGGAAAACAAGUGCUGUCCUGAAAAAUAUGACUGUCCCACAACAGAUAUUCCAAUAAUCACGACAACAGAAAUGGACAACAUAACCAAGGAUGAUGUAAUUAACACAGAAAUAUCAGAACUUGUACCCUCAGAACAAACCCUCUCGGAACCAACCUACACAGUACAUAUCGAUUCAGAUAAAACGACUUUGGGACAGGCUACUUCAGAAGAAAACAUUACCACUACACCCCAUACUGUUUUAGAAGAAGAAUUUAUCACGACUGCUACAUUACCAAAACAUCUGGCUAUAAAACUCAUUCCUGAGAAAGAAGAGUCUAUGUCUGGUAAGGAGAUUACCACGGUAACAGAAAAACAUGUUCCGGUCACUUCAGGAACAAAAACACCAGGAAUACCGACAACUGAAACCUUUACAUUAUUCGCAGGAGAAAAAGUUGACGUAACUGUUAAACCAAAAUUUCCCGGGAAAGAGGAAGAGUUGACAUCUGGUCAAGAGAUUACCACAGUAAUAGAAGAGCGAGUUCCGGUCACAAAAACAACCGAAAAAUUGACCACGACACAACAUCCAGUCAUUGUGAAACCCACAAGUAAUACCAGACACGUAAUAAUACCAGCUGGAAUUCCAGGAGAAGUUCGAGAAACUGUGACAACAGAGCAGAUAAAACAGGUAGAAACAACAACCAAACCGGAAAAUACACAUAUCGUAACAAGAUUAGAUAUUGCAGACAGUAUCUUACAGAAACAAACACCAACACAAACAUCUAGGAUUGGAGAGAAAUCAACAGCACAAACUCUUUCAGUUGAGAGAGAAAUCACAACACCAGCAGUUGAAAUCGGUUUCGAAAUCACAACGCAAACAGCUGAAGUUGAGAAAGAAAUCACAAAACUCAUCAGUGAGGUUGGAGAGGAAGCAACAACACAAACUGUUCAGGCUGAAAGGGAAACAACACAACAAAGUACUGGUUAUGAUGAGAUAAUUAUAACAAAAGCUGUUCAAAUUGAGAAAGAAACCACACCACCAACCCUUGAAGUUGGGAAGAAGAACACGUCAGUUACUGAAGUUAAAAAAACUACAACGCACACUGCUGAAGUUGAGAACGAAAUUACAGAAGUUGUAGAAAUUACAUCAGACGUCGCCCAAUUUGAGAAAGAAACCACAACACAAGCCCUUAGAAUUGACAAAGAAACCCCAACACUUGUGACUGAUUUCAAAGUGAAAACCAUAACACAAGCUAAUCAAGUUGAGAAGGAAAUUACAAACCCUGUAACUGAAAUUGAAGAGAAAACAACACAAACUGUUCUGGUUGAAAAGGAGACAACAACAUCAAGUACUGAAUAUGGAGAGGAAAUGAAAACACCAGCUGUUGAAGUUGAGAAGGAAAGUACAGCAGCUACCUUUCAAGAAAUUGUAGAAAUUACAACACAAAUCUCUCAAUUUGAGAAGGAAACUAAAUCACAAUCUUCUGUAGUUAAUAAGGAAACCACAACACAAACCUCUCAGGUUGAGAAAGAAAAUGCAGAAAUUAUGACACAAGUAUAUAAAUUGGAGAAGGAAACCACAACGCAAAACUCUCAGGUCGAGAAGGAAAGUACGACAUCAGACGUUGAAUUUGUAGAGAAAGUUACAACACAGACUGUUCAAUCUGAGAAAGAAACCACAUUACCAUCUCUUGAUGUUGAGAGGAACACGACAUCGGAAACUGCAGUUACCAAAACUAUAACACAAACUUUUGAACACAACAAGGAAACUAUAACUCCUGCUUUUGAAGAAGAUGCAGAAAUUACGACACAAGUAUCUAAAUUGGAGAAGGAAACCACAACAACUGCCACUGAUGCUGGAGUGAAAACUAUAACACAAGCUAAUCAAGUUGAAAAGAAAACCACAACGCAAACCUCUCAGGUUGAGAAAGAAACUACGACACCAGACGUUGAAUUUGUAGAGAAAGUUACAACACAGACUGUUCAAUCUGAGAAAGAAACCACAGCACUAUACCUUGAAGUUAAGAGGAACACGACAUCAGAAACUGCAGUUAACAAAACUAUAACACAAACUUUUGAACACAACAAGGAAACUAUAACUCCUGCUUUUGAAGAAGAUGCAGAAAUUACGACACAAGUAUCUAAAUUGGAGAAGGAAACCACAACAACUGCCACUGAUGCUGGAGUGAAAACUAUAACACAAGCUAAUCAGGUUGAAAAGAAAACCACAACGCAAACCUCUCAGGUUGAGAAGGAAACUACGACACCAGACGUUGAAUUUGAAACCAUAACUCCUGCUUUUGAAGAAGAUGCAGAAAUUACGACACAAGUAUCUAAGUUGGAGAAAGAAACCACAACAACUGCCACUGAUGCUGGAGUGAAAACCAUAACACAAGCUAAUCAAGUUGAAGAGAAAACCACAACGCAAACCUCUCAGGUUGAGAAGGAAACUACGACAUCAGACGUUGAAUUUGUAGAGAAAGUUACAACACAGACUGUUCAAUCUGAGAAAGAAACCACAUUACCAUCUCUUGAAGUUGAGAGGAACACGACAUCAGAAACUGCAGUUAACAAAACUAUAACACAAAUUUUUGAAGUUGAGAAAGAAUCUGUAACGCCCGUCACUGAAGUCGGAUUAAAAAUCACAACAAAAACUGGUGAGACUGAAAAUGAAUUUCGAAUAUCAACAAGUGAUGUUGAAGAUAUAAUCACAACACAAACUGUUGAAGUUGAAAAGAAUGCCACAAUACCUUCUACUGACGUCGUUAAAGAAUAUACGACACUAGAUGAUGUAAUUGACAGAGAUACCACAAAACCAACUGAUGAGGUUGACAAAGCGACCACGGUAACAACAACUAUUGAGAUUGAAAAAGAGCUCACCAGUCCAACCUUUAAAACUGACAAAGAUAAUAAAUCCCCAAAUUUUGAAUUUGUGAUGGAAGUUACAACGACUAGUAUUGGUGCCGAAAAAGAAAAUUUUAUUGCAACAGCUGAAAUUGAUAAAGAGAUUACGAUGCCACCUGUUGAAGUAAACAAAAAAUCCACAGCAUCAGAUGUUGCAAUCAACAAAGAAUCCAUAACACCAACUACUGAAAUUGAAAGAGAAAUCAAAACAACAACACAAGAGUCCAAAACAACUUUUGAUGUUGGUACAACUAAAACACCAACUGUUCACGUUGUCAAAGAGACUACAACACAAACUAUUAACAUUUACAAAGAACCCACAACACCUCCUGUUGAAAUUGACAGCACUAAAAUACCAGUUGUUGACGUUGACAAAGAAAUCACAACAUUAAUUAAAUCCCAUGCUGACACUGUCAACGAGGAAACAAUAAAGCCUGCUACUGGAGUAGAAAAUACCGAAACACCAAGUGUUGAAGUUGAGGACACGACAACAGAAAUUUUGACUGUUAGAAAUGAAGCAACACCACAUGUCAACAUAGAAGAAACCUCAAAAUUAAGUGUCGAAGUUGAAGAGUUGACAGUAAAAGGUAUAAUAGCUGGAAAACAAACGAUAACGUCUACCACCGGAGUUGAGAAGACUACUACAUCAAGUGUUCAGGUUGAGGAGACAACAGUACUAGAUAAAACUUCUUCAUCAAUGGGUGAAAUUCAAAACGAAACAAGCACCGUAGAGGUUACAAAACUGUCUUUAGGAACAGAGAAUACAGUUACGGUCAAGCCAGUUGAAAAGCACUUUUCUACUCCAAGUUUGGAACAACAGGAACCGACAGUAACAUUCAAAAAUGAAAUCAACGAUUCAACAACAGUCUUAGCGUCUGUUUUAACCAGUUCAGAAAUACUAGGUUGGUUAUAUGGUUUUGCUCCAGGUGCUAUGACAACGUCAAAGCCUUCAGAAGAAACAGGACACCAACAAGCGAAUAAAGAUUUAUCAACAGAAAAUCCAACAGAGUCAAAUGUAACCUAUACCACAACAAUAACGUCACUAAAUACACAAAAGGAACAUCUCCCUGACAAACAAUUUGGAACUCUUAUAACAGAAGCAACCCUUGGUGUAGAUAACGAAAUAAUAUUAACAGAAAUGUACAGUGUAAAACAGGAAGAUGUAACAACAUCAGAGUUCCCUCAUAUUUCAACACAGGCAAUUAUGACAACACCUAAGAGUGCCUACACUGCAACAGAUGAAAAUGAAACAAGUCUUAAGAACGUCAGCACUACAAUAAAUGAAGAAUUAACAACACCUGAAGACACUAACUCUGUUACAAAGAAAAAAGGAAUAACACCUAAGGGUGCUUACCCUGUAACAGAAAUAAUACCUACUCUUAAGGACGUCAAAACUGUAACAGAGGAAGAUGUAACAAUACCUAAGAAUUCCAACACUGUAAUAGCAGAAGGUAUAGCAACACUUGAAGAAGAUACAUCAUUCGAAGAAACUUACACUGAAAACGUUGAUGGAUUUAUGCAAAAAGAAGAUCACAUCUUCCCUGAAAAACUGUUAUCAAAGCAUUCGGAGAAUACAGAUCCUUUUACAUCCACACCUACCUCAACAAUGUCACCAACUGCGGAAACCUUUACCAGAAAAGACUGGACGACGUAUAUCACUGGGCCUUACGAAACAUCAACAGAAAGAGACCCAACAGAAGAUAACAUCUCCCUUACAACUGAAGCGUCUCCAGAUGAGAUUACAUCUGAAGCUAGCAAUAAAACUAAUGAAUGGACAAAUUAUUUCCCUGUAAAAGUUGGCACAGCUAGACCAAGCAUUGUUGGAGAGUCACUUGUAAUAGAUACCUCGAAUUCAACUGAGCACCCUGUCACAACAACAGAUGCCAUAACAACAGAGAAACGAAUAUACUCUGUAACAGAAAUGGAGAAACCAUCAACAACUUUAACAAAUGAAUGGUCUGAAAAAUUACUCAGUACAAAAAAUCCAUCUACAGAAACGUUAAUGACUCAAACCCACACUAGACUUGAAGUGACCUACUUACACAGCACAGAGCCGCCAGUUCCUGAAAGCAUAAAUCUUGUCCAUACCAGAACAACAGAAAGUGACAAUCAAACGGAUAAUUAUACUAAUAUAACAAUAUUUGAUGAGCCAACUACAGAACAAUCAAAUACAACAGCAACAGAGCUCAGACUUCCUACUGUACCUGCUAAGAGUGUUGUCAGCAAUUCAACCACGUUUUCUUCAGAUGUAACAUUUCAAGAGAUGCAUGAAGAGGCUGCUAAAACAACAAAGUUUUCUGAAGCUAUUUCCGAUCCAAUCACUGAAAGUACACUAGAUUCAAAAACUACUAAAGUAACGAAAGAUUCUUAUGAGAAAAAAAAUGAAUCCUUUGAUAUGACUACUGUUGCCUCAAAGGAUACAACAGGAACUUCUGGGUCCUUAGAUAGAACAGAAGCAGUUCAAGAUUCCACACCAAAAAGUGAAGUAUCAUCUACGAAAUUCAUGGAAAGUGAUACGUUUCACAAUGAUGAACACACACAAACUUAUGUUCCUUUAAUAAAUUUGACAAAAGAGAGCUUUGAAGUUACUACUAAAAAAAUCCCUAUGACAACUGCUGAGUGGAUUUUUGAAGAAACUAAUGUUAAAGGAAACCGAGAAGAUUUCUCUAACUACAAAAUAACACCAGAAUCACACGAAAUAAAAACAUGGAUUACUACAAUCUCUGGAGAAACUGAUGUUGAAAUUGACUUAUCAACAGGAACAACUAACUUAGAAAAAGAAGAAGGAACAACAUUGUUCUCAACUUCUAGAACAAGAGAGAUUCAAGGUGAAACCACAACUAAUUCUCCAGAAAAUACAACGUUAACUUCGACUCUUACUAUUAAGGAUGAAACCCUUCAAGACAAAACCGAAACCAAAGUUUCAGAGGUGACAACUAGUUCUGUCAAUCAAAAAGAGAAAAGUGAAGGAAUAUUUACUUCUGGAACUACUGCCUCCUCUGGGAUUGAAGAAACAACAAUGUAUUUUACUUCUGCUCUCAGAGAGAAAGAUGUUCAAGAAAUAACACAAAACAGUAAUUCAGAAGUGUCAACGAGUUCUGUUCAAGAAACAGACAAAACUGAAAAUAAAGUGACUUCUGACACAACCAUCUUUAUGGUAAGUGACGAAGAAAGACCACUUUCUCUUACUUCUUCUGCCAAGGAUGAAAAUCUUCAAAACAAAUCUGAAGCCGAAACAUUAAAAGUGAAAACUAGUUCCCUUGGUCAAAUGGAGGAAGUUGAGGGUAAAGUGACAUCUGGGACCACUACUUCUGUAUAUCUUAAAGAAACAACCUUUUCUUCUACUCCAGCUACCAAAGAUAAAUAUCUUCAAGACAGAACUGAAGCCAAUGUUUCAAAAGUGAUAACUAGCUCUGUUGGUCAACCAGAAAAGGUUGAAGGGGAAAUAACAUCUGGUACAACUAUGUCUUUCGGGGUUAAAGAUACAACACUGUCUUCUAAUUCUGCUACCAUGGAUCAAGAUCGUCAAGACAUAACUGAAACCACUGUUCCAGAUAUGACAAGUGGAUUUGUCCAAACAGAAAAAGUUGAAGAGAAAGUAAUAUCUGGAACAAAUACCUCCUUUGAAAUUGAAGAAACGACACUGUUUUCUACUUCUGAUACCAAGGACCAAGAUUUGCAAGACAUAAGUGAAGCCACUGUUUCGGAAAUGACAACUAAUUCUGUCCAUUCAGAGAAAGUUGAAGAUAAAUUAACAUCUCGGACAAAUACCUCCUUCGAAAUUGAAGACACGACACUGUCUUCUAUUUCUGCUACCAAGGACGAAGAUGUUCAAGACAUAACUGAAGCUAUUGUUUCAGAAAUGACAACUAGUUCUGUCCAUACAGAGAAAGUUGAAGAUAAAGUAACAUCUCGGACAAGUACUUCCUUCGAAAUUGAAGAAGCAACAUUGUCUUCUACUCCUGCUACUAAGGAUCAAAAUCUUCAAGACAGAACUGAAGCCACUGUUUCAGAAGUGACAGAUAUUUCUGUCAAGCAAACAGAUAAAGUUGGCGGGAAAGUAAUAUCUGGAACAAAUACCUCCUUUGAAAUUGAAGAAACGACAUUGUUUUCUACUUCUGAUACCAAGGACCAAGAUUUGCAAGACAUAAGUGAAGCUACUGUUUCAGAAGUAACAACUAGUUCUGUCGAAACAGAAAAAGUUGAAGAGAAAGUAACAUCUGGGACAAAUACAACCUUUGAAAUUGAAGAAACGACACUGUCUUCUACUUCUACUACCAAGAACCAAGAUUUUCCAGACAUAACUGAAGCCACUGUUUCGGAAAUGACAACUAGUUCUGUCCAUACAGAGAAAGUUGAAGGGAAAGUAACAUCCGUGAACAGUUCUUCCUUUGAGAGUGAAGAAACAACACAGUUUUCUACUUCUGCUACCAAGGGCCAAGAUGUUCAAGACAUAACUGAAGCUGCUGUUUCAGAAAUGACAACUAGUUCUGUCCAGACAGAGAAAGUUCAAGAUAAAGUAACAUCUGGGACAAAUACCACCUUUGAAAUUGAAGAAACGACACUGUCUUCUACUCCUGCUACCCAGGAUCAAAAUCUUCAAGACAGAACUGAAGCCAUUUUCUCAGAAGUGACAGAUAUUUCUGUCAAUCAAACGGAUAAAGUUGGCGGGAAAGUAAUAUCUGGAACAAAUACACCCAUCGCGUUUGAAGAAACAAUACUGACUUCUACUUCUGCUACUAAGGAUCAAGAUCUCCAAGACAGAACUGAAGCCACUGUUUCAGAAGUGUCUACUAGUUCUAUCAUUAAAACAAAUCAAAUUGGCGGGAAAGUAACAUCCGUGAACAUUUCUUCCUUUGAGAAUGAAGAAACAACACUGUCUUCUACUUCUGCUACCAAGAAUCAAAAUAUUCAACAUAGAACUGAAUCUGAACGUUCAGAAGGGACAACUGUUUCUGUUAAAGAAAUAGAGGAAGUUGAAGGAAAAGUUACAUCUGGGACCAAUGCCUCCUUUGAAGUUGAAGAAACAACACUGUCUUCUAUUUCUGCUACCAAGGAUGAAAAUCUUCAAGAUCGAUUUGGAGGCGGAAUUUUAGAUAUAACAAAUAGUUCAGGCAACAUAGAAGAGGAAUUAACAUUAACAACCUUUAGCUCUACAGAUUUUGAUAAUGUAACAUCAAGUUUGUCCCUAGACAAGAAGAAUCAGGCUUUUCGUGAAACAAAUGAGACUAGAUAUCUAGAAAGAACAAAUUCUAACAUAUCGAUAGCUGAUAUUUACGACGUUUCCGUUUCUGGUAAUCUUCAAGACACAAUUAAGAUAAGUACAGUAACUGAAUCAACAGAAAAUCACGACACUAUCAUUUCAAGAUUGUCUACAACAGAAAAUCCAUUUCCUGUUGGCAAUACUUCUAAGGAAGCCGGUAACAUUGAAUCAACUACAGCCUCUUAUGUAGCAGUAAAAACAACAACAAGACAACCAGUUCAACCGACCCUCUUCCCCGGGUUUCCUCUGGUAAUCUCAGAAGGAGCCUGUGUUUUCGAUGGAAGGAUUUAUCAAUCAGCUGAACAGAUUCAAAGACCUGAUGCAUGUGAAUUUUGUUUCUGUUUCCAUGGUGAUAUCCUCUGUAUCAAGCAGACAUGCCCACCUCCUCGUGUCGGUUGCAAAAAGGUUCCCAUCAGUGGAUACUGUUGUCCACGCUAUGAAUGUCCUGUGAAGAUGAUGAGUAUGACAACAACAUCAAACACCCCAAUACCUACAAGAAGCAGGCUUCGCAAAAUUCUGAAGCGUUCCGUGGAAGUACAAGGUUGCCAAGUAAACAAGGAAUUCUACAGAGUCGGAAAGACUGUGACAUCACUGAGUAAUCCAUGCAUGAGGUGCCAAUGUGGAGAAGUAGGACUAUUGACUUGUGAUCCACAACCUUGCAAACCUAAACCGCCAUUACUAUUACAGCUGAACAAAAGAUUUUUUACGAGCCUAUAAAUGGCGUUAAUUCUCGUAUCCCCCCUCCCACACAACUAACAAUGAACAUUCCCUUUGUGAUACCGAGAUCGCUAACAAGCUGAUACCGCUUGUACAUCGUUGAAACUGUAGCAGCACAGCAGGCUUAAUUUUUGCUGUUUUAAUUUUUAUUGGUUUGGAAUAAGCGAUGUCCUUGCCGGUCG